UUUUCUUUUCUUUACAGAUAUACUAGAAAUCUUGUAGAUGAAGGAAAUGGCAAAUAUAACCUGAUGAUCCUCUGCUGGAAUGAAAGUCAAGGGAGCAGCAUCCAUUCCCAUUCAGAAUCUCAUUGCUUCCUGAAAGUUUUGUCAGGAAUUGUUAAAGAAGAGCUAUUUGAAUGGCCCUCAGACUCCAGAGAGGAAUCAAAAAUGAGCAAAAGUCAUGAGGCAAUAUUUGAAGAAAACUCUGUUACUUACAUCAAUGACUCUAUUGGACUUCACCGGAUGGAAAAUCAUAGCCACAGUGACAAAGCUAUCACCUUACACCUGUACUCACCACCAUUUCGUAGCUGUAAAACAUUUGAUGAAAGAACUGGACACGUGAGCAUUGCUCCAAUGACAUUUUGGACUAAAUAUGGAAAGAAAGUUCUGCAAAAUGACCCUUCAACCCAGGAUGACGAUGUCGUUGAAGUAACAGAGAACAAUUAAAGCUUCUACCAUGAUCCUCUUUUAUGAUACUGAAAAUAAUUAAAGGCUAUCUUCUUAUUCAAAUGUAUCAAACAGAUUAAAAACCUUAUAUUAUUCUUUUAUUCCUCCAAUCAGCUAUAUAAGAAUGUGUGUAUGCUCUACUUUUAUCUGACUUUAAUCCAACUAACAUAAUAUCUUUAUUUGCUAUAUUCAUUUUAAUAAAAUUAAAUCUUAAUAAACUU